AUGGCUGCGCUAACGCUGACCAGAGCGGAUAACUUCCUGCACAACUUCUUACAGGAUCGCACCCCCAGCUCAUCUCCAGAGAGUGGCCCCAACCCACUCUCCUUUCUGGCCACCACGUGCAGUCAGGCUUGGCAGGUGAGCGGCGGCGUGAGCGCCGAGGGGCCCCAGUUCCCCUAUGAAGGGGCGGUGGGCUCGGCGUCCGGCAUGUUUCAGCUGUGGAGCAAUGAGAUGGCACCCAACUCAGGCCUGAGUGCCCACCAGAUGGCCUUCACCGUGCCCAAGGUCCAGUUCCCUGGCCACGUUCAGACAAGCCUGGGCUCGCACUCUCACCACCAUCACCACCACCAUCAUCAUCAUCACCACGAGCUGCCCCUCACGCCUCCGGCCGAGCCACCCGCCACAUACUCAUUCGAGCUGUCUCCGGUCAAGAUGCUGUCCACUCAGGCCCAAGGGAACGCUCAGUAUUAUGCCCAGCACAAUGCCAUGGGUCAGAACUUUCCUAGUUUUCUGCAGACCAAUUCAACCAGGCCUCCUCACCUAGCCGGAGGUCCUGGCGAUGACAGCCAGCAGUGGUGGAGCCUCCCUCAGGGCAACGGCGCCCCCUCCGGCCACCACUUCUCCUUGGGCAGGCAGCUAGUCCUAGGUCACCAGCCCCAAAUCGCCGCCCUGCUGCAGGGAACGUCCAAAAGCCUGCUGAGCUCCACCCGCCGCUGCCGCCGCUGCAAGUGUCCCAACUGCCAGACAUCGGGGAACAGCAGCAGCCUAGAAUUCGGCAAAAAGAGACUGCACAUCUGCCACAUUCCGGAAUGCGGCAAGGUGUACAAGAAGACGUCCCACCUGAAGGCGCACCUGCGGUGGCAUGCCGGCGAGCGUCCCUUCGUCUGCAACUGGCUCUUCUGCGGCAAGAGCUUCACGCGCUCGGACGAGCUGCAGCGGCACCUGCGCACGCACACCGGCGAGAAGCGCUUCGGCUGCCAGCAGUGCGGCAAGAGGUUCAUGCGCAGCGAUCACCUGUCCAAGCACGUCAAAACCCACCAGGGCAGGAAGGGGCGCUCCGGACAGCCCGCUCAAAUUGACCCACAGCUGAGCAACAUCAAGAGAGAAUGAGGGGGGUUUUCUCCAAGAGACUUUUGUGUCAAGUUAAGAGAGACAAAGCCAUACUGAAAAGCUCCCAAUUCAUGUUUGCUGGCUACAGUGUGGAAGUAGUGAUGUCUGAUGUGAAUUGUUUGGAGUUUAGCAUUGUUUACGAUGCCACACCGCUAGUGAAGAGGCAAUGGAGGAACACUGGGAGCAGUGCACUCUGUCGUACUCACAGCAGGUCUUCUACUGAUCUCUAAGACUCUAAAAGACUGAGGAAGCCCACUGCAGUUGGUACCUAUUCAAGUUGGUACCUGUUUGUUUUUUUCUCACAUGG